AUGGUUGAUAAUGAUCUGCCUAAGGUCACUGAAACGUUGACCUUUACUUCAUCGGCUGCUCACGCUGCAGAGCAUAGGGAUCACCGUCCCUUUUCAGAUAAAUCUAAAAAAAACGCUGACACUCCAACUUUACCUGCUCCCAUCGUUCUAGAGGAAAGUGAACCUUCUAGACAUCAGCCACACGAUCCCAUGAGUAAUGAGAUGUUAUCCCAAAAUAGCACCCCCCGCAUCGAUAACGAGGCGCUAUCAUUACAUAUGAGGGAAGAUUCACAGAACCAUAAAUCCUCACAAUCACCCAAGGCCCCCGGCACCUGCUUUCCCGACGGGAAUAAUCGCAACCAAUAUCGAAUACUAACCUUACCAGAGGAUCUAGACACGUCUUUUCAAUCAGGUUAUAAAAAGCCUGAAGGGUUUGGUGCCUCUAUUGGAUACGGAAGCAAUACCAACUCAGUAGAAGAACCUAUUACUAUGGGAGAAGAGUAUUGGACGCGAACCGUUCACGACAUUCCCUCUCCGAACUACGAUAGCAUUCACCAACUUCCCAUCGCGAUGCUAAAAUUUUUAGUGGAAGAGAUUCAAAAUACGCCCCCACUACAAAUUGUUUGGACCAUUUUGCUCGUAGUUGGUCUACUUGGGGGGAACGUGCUCCAGGUGAUUGGGUUGAACUUUUGGUUAACAAAGUUCCCCGCGGAUGGGGCACCGGGAAAUUAUACCAUUUUUACUGUCUCCAGUCUUAUCUUUGCGUUGUUUUUCUCUGUUGCGCUCGGAAUUUAUGUUAUAAUUCAUUCGCCUAAUUUGUCUUUUGUCUGGAAUGUGUAUGGCCUCAAGCUACUGGUUCUUGCCGGAGUAUUUGAUGCGGUGAGCAGCACGUUAUCUAUUUACUCCGCCUCGCAUACACCUGAAAUACUUCAGACACUCUUCACCGCCUUUGUUCCCGUUUAUACAGCGGUCUUGGCAAAGUGUUUUUUAAACGAUGCUCGGCAGUAUCUUAACCGCUGGACAAUUUUGAGCUUUUCGCUCAUUGUUUCGGGGGUAGUCAUUGCAUCGAUCUCUAAUUUAUGGCCUGCGUAUACCAAAGAAAAGAGUAACAACGAGCAGCCCUCCGAGGGCCCCACAAGAGACCAGGCGAUCUGGAGCUUCCUUUUCUUCCUGUCCGUCUUUCCCACCGUGUUUAUGAAUAUCACGCAAACGAUCUACAUGGCGCGCUAUACCCAAGAAGAAGUGGAGGUGAAUAUCAUGGGCCGACUGGAAGUCUUCGGCCCGCCCCACGACAGGCUAGGGGACGACGCCAAGCCCGGCGAGGAGGCGGCCACCCCGUCCGUGGCUGGGAUGGUCCCCAUGGCGGUUUCGGCCACGACCCCCCCCCCUUCCUCCCCUUCUUCUUUACCCCUCCUUCUCCCUCUCCGUGGGGAGGAUAUCGCGGUGAAGCUGGUGAUGCUUACCGUGGACACCACCGUGCAGUUUCUCUUCGCCCUCGCCUUCAUGCCGAUGGACGCGUUGCCGUGGUUUGGAGGGAGUCGCUCCGUGUCGCAGACCUGGUCGAACUUCCUGGGUGGCCUUCACAGCUUGGUGAGGAGCCCGGGGAAUAUCGAGUUCUGUGGGGUCUACAGCGCGGGCUUCGUGCUGACCUACCUGACUUCUUCCUACCUCAACCAGCGCAGUGUCACGCUGUGCUCGAUGGUGAGCCAGCUGACCUCACCCACCACGGCCAUCGUCCUGCUGGUCUUCCCCGGGCUGAACCUCAGUGGGGAGGUGGUGCCCUGGGUGGUGAGCGGGCUUGCGGUGCUGCUGCUCCUGGUGGGGGUCCUUGUGUACGUCGUGUGGGACACAAAGACAAGCACGGUCCGCGCGGAGGUCGGCGAUCGCCGGCUGGCGGCGCCUUUGCUCUCACACGCAAACGCCAGCAAUAGCACGAACUCCGGAUGA